AUGAAGACCACCAUGUUCCUUGGAAAGCAUAUAAAUGCCAUUACGGGCGUGGGUCGCGUCUACUCCACUCGUAGACCAUCGAUGGUCUCAAAUGGAUGCACUCGUUUGCCCAUGCUUUCUCGUCUCUCCUUGGUUCCUUCAAACCACAUCCUGCCCUUCCUUACUCCUGGUAUAUUGUACACAAGUCAAAAAAGAAUGUUGGCUUCCAAAAAUAAAGCUCAGUUUAUUAAAAGUGCUCUCCACUUUUUUCUAGCCAUUCUUGAGAUGGUGAAUGUUCCUUGCAAAGAUGGAAGCGCUCCUUUGAAAGAUCUUGCCCAAGUUGUUGUCAAGGAUCCACAAACGCUGUUGGUGCACGUGCAUGACGAAGAAAUGUUAAAAGCGGUGGACAAGGCAAUAAGGAUCGCAAAUCUUAAUUUGAAUCCCAUGGUUCACGAAAAAGGUCUCAGCGUGACAUUCCCAAAAGUCACCACUGAAUACCGUGAGAAGUUGGUGAAGGCCGUCUCUGAAAUCUCGGAGAGAACAAAGAUCAAGGUUCGCCUGGUUAGACAAGAUGGAUUAAAGAGUUUGAAAAAAGAUAUGAAGAUAAGAUUAUCGAACGAUGAAUUAAAAGCUUCGGAAAAGAAGCUUCAACUUCUAAUAGACAACUCGAUUAAAGACAUCGAUGAGAUAUCAAAAGCAAAGUCCAAAGAGAUAAUGGAAAAUUAA